UCAAUAACUGUAAUCACAUGUCGGAAAAACUCUUGAAAUGGAAGAAUCACAGAAUCUUCAGAUUUCAUCUGAUCCAGGAACAAGAGGCUUCGACUUGUCGGCUGGGAAAACAUGGAUAUACCCAGAAAAUUAUCCUGUCAGAGAUUAUCAGUUCAAUAUAGUCCAAGCCUGUUUAUACAGCAAUACAUUAGUUUGUUUACCAACUGGAUUGGGAAAAACAUUUAUUGCUGCAGUUAUUAUGUAUAAUUUUUGGAGAUGGUAUCCAUGUGGAAAAGUUGUAUUUUUGGCACCUACCAAACCUUUAGUUGCUCAACAAAUUUAUGCUUGCUACGAUGUAAUGGGCAUACCUAGUACAGAGACAAUUGAACUUACAGGAGCAGUGAAUCAGAAACAACGUGAAUUAGCUUGGAUAAAGAAAAGAGUAAUAUUUGGUACUCCUCAAAUUUUUCGCAAUGACUUAGAAAAGAACAUUGUACCUAGUGAUUUAGUAAAAUGUGUAGUUAUUGACGAAGCUCAUAAAGCUUUGGGAAAUCAUUCAUAUUGCGAGUGCAUUCGAAUAUUAAGAGAGAAGAACCAAAAUUUCAGAGUACUAGCUCUUUCAGCCACACCAGGAAAUAACAUUGACAGUGUUCAUGAGGUGUUACAAAAUCUUUGUGUAGCUCAUGUAGAAUUGAAAGAUGAAACUUCCUCCGAUAUUAUACCAUAUAUUAACCAAAGAAAAAUCGAUAUAAUCUUGGUACCUCUUAACAAGAAAUUAACCGAAUACAAAGAAAAGUAUAUUUUCAUUAUGGAUCGUCAUGUUAAAGUUUUACUUCAAUACAAUGUUCUUAAUGGACAAACAGCCAAUAUCUCUAAAGGAAGGGUAUUCUAUUUACUGAAAGAGUUUCAACGAAAGCCGAAUAAAUCAGGAAAUUACGGAAAAAUUAUGAAAGCACUGAACAUAUUAAUGACAAUGUAUCAUGCUUACGAAUUGAUGGUCCGCGACGGGAUUCGAGCGUUUCAUAAAUUCUAUCAAAAUCAUUCUGAUAAAUUUUGGAUGAAUGAGGAGACACAACUGCAGGAAUUACUUGAAGAUAUUCAAGCAUACCUUGGUCCGUUCCCGGAUGUAAAAAACUUAAACAAUGAACUUAUUAUGGAUAUUCCGGAAAAUCUUGUGUUCGGCCAUACGAAAUUUCAAAAGCUGAAACAACUGCUUGAGCAUCAUUUUAAGAAAGAUCGAGAUGAACGGAGCGAUACCAGAGCAAUUGUUUUUGUUGAGUAUAGAGAUAUUGUGAGUGAGAUUUAUGUCUUAUUGCUACAAUGCCGGCCAUUAAUUAGACCUCAAAUGUUCGUCGGCCAAGCUGGACAAAAACAAAGGCAGCAAAUAAAAGCUUUAGAUGAUUUUCGAAAUAAUCGCGUUAACGUUCUUAUAUCUACAAGUAUAGGAGAAGAAGGACUAGACGUUGGAGAAGUUGAUCUAAUAAUAUGUUUCGACAUAUCCCAACAGUCGCCUACGCGACUCGUACAAAGAAUGGGAAGGACGGGUCGAAAACGCGACGGACACAUAACUAUUCUUGUUGCGGAUGCAAGAGAACACGAGACAUUGAAAUCAACGAUAGCUAAAAGAGAUUUUCUAAAUAAUAAGGUAUUAAAUAUGAGUAACAUUUCUUCUUCUCUUUAUCAAAAUAAUCCGCGUAUGAUCCCUGAUACUAUUACCCCGGAAUGUUUGAAAAUGCAUAUCAAUGUGCAACCAAGGAGUAAAACUACAAAAGGAACAGACAAAAAUAAAAAGUCACCUACGAAAAUGUGUAAACGUAAAAAUACUCUAAAAAAAUCUACGAAUACAGAGUCUCAUGGGGAAUCACAGAAGGAUGGGACUAAAUUCUUAAUGACGACAUUUUUGAAAAGCAGAAAACGUGAAACACCAAAUGUGAAGCAGAUUGAAAAUAGUGACGUUCGUCAAACGAUAAAGUCGUUUGAUGUAAAGGUUCUAUCUUCCGAUAGUGAUGCGCUCGACUUUCUUACGAUGUGCGCGUUGAGAAAUUCGCAGAGGGAAACGUGUACCGAGGAAAAUGAAAACAUAAACAAAUGUUAUCUACCUGAAUUCUCUACGAUAAAAGGGUUUUUUAAUUUUUCGAUACCACACUUAGAAAUUUUAGACGGUUUGGUCACAUUGAAUGAUAUUCGAAGAAAUUGUAAAAGAAACUAUAUUGUUGAGAAUAACAUCAGUGAUGGAAACGAUUCGUGUAAUGAUAAUAAUGGAUCUGAACAUGUGAACAGUACCAAUGAGAUGGCGCACAACGUGUAUGCCACGGGAGAAUCGAAGUUCGAAGAUUUGCUCGACGACAGCAGCAAAUCAGACGAAAGCGACGUAUUGAAUACAAAGGUAGAAAAAGAAGAAAACAAAAACGAUAAUGUACGUUCCGUUUGCGUGUUUUCGAGUCCGUCCGAACAAUACGCCGUAGGUAGCGAUAUACCAAAGGUAAUUAUCAAUGAUACAGACGUUUCGCAGGAUUUUGAUUCCGGUAGAUUCGAAGAUAUAUUAAACGAGACAUCUGAUGAAUUUGAAUGUAAUGUUGAAACCGUAAAAGGUGUCGCAGGCACACUUGGGAAAUAUAUCGAUGCCCGCAAUAGUGAAGACGUUCAAAAGUCUGGUCGGAAUUUGAAAGUGGAAGAUAUCGAAUUACACAGUACAGACUUACACGAGGCGGUAAAAAUCGAUAGUAGCAUUAUUCUAGAUAUUCGAAGCGAACGUACUGUUAAGAACUACGAGCAAAGAAAUGAGGGCGAUGUUAGUUCGAACGUGUGCAAAGGGACGAAAGGCCGAACAAUGCUUAGUGUAACGCAAGCAGUAGAAGAAAUAGCGCGAAUUAAUUCAUAUCCAAACACCCAACGAGUGAUUGUAGAAUCCGAGGAUGACAUGUUUCAAGAUGAAAGCUUCGCAGACAUAAUCGAUAAUAAGACAAAGUUUGAUCGGAAAAUAGAAUGUUCGAUGGAAACACGCGUGUCGACUGCCGCGGGAAAACUUUGCGAUGACGCGAAAAACACGAUCGUUGAGGAGUUUAAAGUCGAAGAAUACGAAUGGGAUGACGAUUUUGGAGUUUGUGUCGAUUCCAGGCAAGAUCGCAUCACGUUGAACACACCAGAAGAAAAGAAAAACGGAUUGAAAGAAGUCGAAUGUAACGUUGAGACAUGUAUUUCGGAUAACGAAGAUUGGAUUUCGGUUAAAAAAUCGUUCAAUUUGUCGAAAAGGAAUACCUCUUCUAUCAGUAUCGUGAAAAAAGUGGCAAGCAUAAAGAAAUGUUUGAACUCGAAGCGCGAACAUCUUAAUAGAUUAACCGGAGAUACAGCUAGUGUUGGAAAUCGUUCGUUUUGCAAUGAGGACAGAAUUGUGGGUUCCAAAACCAGUUACUUUUUGAACGAGUCAGAAGAAAAUGUUGGAAAAGGAAUUGAUUGUUUAAAGGUACCUUGUAUUAAGAAUAGUAAUCGUGCUCGCAGGUCAAAGAAGGUAAGAAAUAAAUUUAUAGAUGACGAAGCGAAAGUUUCAUCGAUCAGCGAGACCACUGCUACAGAUGAAAGUUCCGGAACUGAUGAAGACCUCGUAGAUUUUGUAAGCUACACGCAGAACGUGCAUGAUACCUCCGAUAUGCAUGCACACUAUUUACAAACGAUUAGAAGUCCAGUCAAAAGACACGAUGGAUUUCAUUUAAAGAGGCCACGCGACCGCAAUACCAGUAUAGAAAUAUACUCUCAACCGGUAACGCAAGUUAACGAAACCUAUAUCAAUGAUUCGUUUUGUGUGGCGGAAGACGAGGAAGGAGAUGAAGAAUCGGGAACUAACGAGUCAUUGACCCGAAGUGAGGAUUUGUCUGAACUGGAAAUGGCAGAGCGAGAAUUAAUAAAGAAAAAAAGGAAACGCGCUCGGGGCGAAGAAUUAGAAGACAACGCGAUAAAAAGAAGAAAGCGGAAUAAAAGGAGAAAUCGAAUAAACUACUCCAGCAGCAGCAGCGAAGAUGAACUUGCGAAACUGCGCGAACAAAUUAAACACGAGUAAUUUUUGCUGGCGCACUCCAGUUGCGAAGAUAAGCUUUGACGCAUUUUGACAGGUGCGUGUACAUAAUAUAUCGGUAUAUUUUUGUACUGUUCACCGUGUGAACGUAGAACGAUAACCGCAGAGUUUAGAAACACGAUAAGGAGACGAAACUUUCGUUAGGAUGACAGAUUCUUUUGCUGCAGGAGAACGCCCCUUAGA